GAACGCAGGGCGGCGCUGUGAGACCGCCACACAUGCUCAGUGCGAAACGCCAACAGUAAUGGCGCAGUGACGCUCUCUGGUGCUGUGGGUUUAAAAGAAAUAAUCCUUCAGCAAUCCAGCUUCUCCCGAGCCAUCCGUGACCGAGCAAUACGUAGAUCAACUUCUAAGUUAUUCAAGAAGGUUAACUAAGGAGUACAGUCAUGUUUGAAAUCGACGAAGAGUACACGUACCAGGAGGAGGAUGAGACAGACGAGAUCACGCCUGACCUGUGGCAGGAGGCGUGCUGGAUCGUCAUCAGCUCAUACUUCGAUGAGAAGGGUCUGGUGCGCCAGCAGCUGGACUCCUUCGAUGAGUUCAUCCAGAUGUCCGUGCAGCGGAUCGUGGAGGAUUCGCCACAGAUCGACCUGCAGGCCGAGGCACAACAUCUCACCAUGGAGGCCGAAGUACCGCCUCGCUACCUGCUGAACUUCGAACAGAUCUACCUGUCCAAACCCACUCACUGGGAGAAGGACGGUGCACCCAGCCCCAUGAUGCCCAACGAAGCUCGACUCCGAAACCUGACGUAUUCUGCACCCCUGUAUGUGGACAUCACCAAAACUAUCGUCAAAGAUGGCGAAGAGCGAAUAGAGACGCAACACCAGAAAACUUUCAUUGGGAAGAUUCCCAUCAUGCUUCGCUCCACGUACUGUCUUCUGAGCGGCCUGACAGACAGAGACUUGACGGAGUUAAACGAAUGUCCGUUAGACCCCGGAGGGUACUUCAUCAUCAACGGUUCUGAGAAGGUUCUGAUCGCUCAAGAAAAGAUGGCGACAAACUCAGUGUACGUGUUCGCGAAAAAGGACUCGAAGUACGCCUUUACAGGGGAGAUCAGAUCGUGUUUGGAGCACUCGUCAAGACCGACAAGCACACUGUGGGUUCACAUGCUGGCCAGAGGAGGAACGGGUCAGAGAAAGAGUGCCAUUGGUCAGCGUAUCGUGGCGGUUCUGCCGUACAUCCGUCAGGAGAUUCCCAUCAUCAUCGUUUUCCGCGCCUUGGGCUUCGUGUCCGACAGAGACAUUCUGGAACACAUCAUCUAUGACUUUGAUGACCCAGAAAUGAUGGAAAUGUUAAAACCCUCCCUGGAUGAAGCCUUUGUCAUCCAAGAGCAGAAUGUGGCCCUGAACUUCAUCGGUGCGAGAGGUGCCAAGCCCGGUGUGACCAAGGACAAAAGAAUCAAGUACGCCCGAGAGAUCCUGCAGAAAGAGAUGUUGCCUCAUGUGGGCAUCAGCGACUACUGUGAGACUAAGAAGGCUUAUUUCUUAGGGUACAUUGUACACAGACUGCUGCUGGCAGCGUUGGGUCGGAGAGAGCUGGACGACCGUGAUCACUAUGGCAACAAGCGUCUGGACCUGGCCGGGCCGCUGCUGGCUUACCUGUUCCGCGGCCUGUUCAAGAACCUGACCAAGGAGGUCCGCAUAUACGCACAGAAGUUCAUCGACAGGGGGAAGGACUUCAACCUGGAGCUUGCUAUCAAGACACGAAUCAUCACAGAUGGGUUGAAGUAUUCCCUGGCCACAGGAAACUGGGGUGAUCAGAAGAAGGCUCACCAGGCCAGGGCUGGGGUGUCACAGGUGUUGAACAGACUGACGUUUGCCUCCACCCUGUCCCAUCUGCGCCGUCUGAACUCUCCCAUUGGUCGAGACGGCAAGCUGGCCAAACCCCGACAGCUGCACAACUCCCUCUGGGGCAUGAUCUGUCCAGCAGAGACCCCUGAGGGCCAGGCUGUAGGUCUGGUGAAGAACCUUGCCCUGAUGGCGUACAUCUCGGUGGGUUCUCAGCCCUCUCCCAUCCUGGAGUUCCUGGAGGAGUGGAGUAUGGAGAACCUGGAGGAGGUGGCUCCCUCCGCCAUCGCUAACGCCACCAAGAUCUUUGUGAACGGCUGCUGGGUGGGCGUGCACCGCGACCCUGAACAGCUCAUGAACACGCUCAAGAAACUCAGACGACAGAUGGACAUCAUCGUGUCUGAGGUUUCCAUGGUGAGAGACAUCCGGGAGCGGGAGAUCCGGAUCUUCACGGAUGCAGGGCGAAUCUGCCGACCGCUGCUGAUCGUGGAGAAACAGAAGCUCCUGCUGAAGAAACACCAUGUGGACAUGCUGAAGGAGAGGGAGUACAACAACUACAGUUGGCAGGACCUGGUAGCGGGGGGCGUGGUGGAGUACAUCGACACCCUGGAGGAGGAGACGGUGAUGUUAGCCAUGACCCCGGAUGACCUGCAGGACAAGGGCGUGGCGUACUGCUCCACCUACACCCACUGUGAGAUCCACCCCUCCAUGAUCCUGGGGGUGUGUGCCUCCAUUAUCCCCUUCCCUGAUCACAACCAGUCUCCCCGUAACACAUACCAGUCUGCUAUGGGUAAGCAGGCCAUGGGAGUCUACAUCACCAACUUCCAUGUGCGUAUGGACACCCUGGCCCACGUGCUGUACUACCCACAGAAACCCCUCGUCACCACGCGAUCCAUGGAGUACCUCCGCUUCCGAGAACUCCCCGCCGGAAUCAACGCCAUCGUCGCCAUCGCGUCGUACACGGGGUACAACCAGGAGGACUCCGUCAUCAUGAACGCGUCCGCCAUCGACCGCGGGCUGUUCCGCAGCGUGUUCUACCGAUCGUACAAGGAGUCGGAGUCCAAGAAAGGUCUGGACCAAGAGGAGAUCUUUGAGAAGCCGACGAGGGAUGAAGUCACGGGCAUGAGGAAUGCCAUCUAUGACAAGCUGGAUGAUGAUGGGAUCAUCGCACCUGGGGUGAGGGUGUCAGGAGAGGACGUCAUCAUCGGGAAGACAGUCACCCUGCCCGAGAACGAAGAUGAGCUUGAGAGUACGACCAAGCGGUUCACCAAGCGAGACUCCAGCACCUUCCUGCGCAGCAGUGAGACAGGCAUUGUGGACCAGGUUAUGGUGUCCAUUAACCAGGAGGGUUACAAGUUCUGCAAGGUCAGAGUUCGCUCUGUCCGCAUCCCGCAGAUCGGUGACAAGUUCGCCAGUCGGCACGGUCAGAAGGGAACGUGUGGAAUCACGUACAGGCAGGAGGACAUGCCAUUCACAGCAGAAGGCAUCAGUCCUGACAUCAUCAUCAACCCCCACGCCGUGCCGUCACGUAUGACCAUCGGCCAUCUGAUCGAGUGUCUGCAGGGGAAGGUGUCGGCCAACAAGGGCGAGAUCGGCGACGCCACGCCCUUCAACGACGCUGUCAACGUGCAGAAGAUCUCCAACCUCCUCCACGAGUACGGCUACCAUCUGAGAGGAAACGAGGUGGUGUACAAUGGGUUCACGGGGAGGAAGCUCGCCACACAGCUGUUCAUUGGCCCCACCUACUACCAGCGCCUCAAGCAUAUGGUGGACGACAAGAUCCACUCUCGUGCCCGGGGUCCUGUGCAGAACCUGAACAGACAGCCCAUGGAGGGCAGAUCAAGGGACGGAGGUCUCCGUUUCGGUGAGAUGGAACGUGACUGUCAGAUCGCCCACGGUGCGGCACAGUUCCUGCGGGAGCGGCUGUUCGAGGUGUCGGACCCGUACCAGGUGCACGUGUGUAACCUGUGCGGCCUGAUCGCCAUCGCCAACCUGAGGAACCAAACCUUCGAAUGCAGGGGCUGCAAGAACAAAACUCAGGUUUCAAAGAUCAGGAUCCCGUACGCCUGCAAACUGCUGUUCCAGGAGUUGAUGGCCAUGAGUAUUGCACCACGUAUGAUGACACAGUGAGGGACUAUCAAUCACUUCCUGCAAGUGUCUGAAAGGCCUGGAUAUUUUGCCAAAACUGAAAAUGUCCAUAAAAAUUGUAUUUUUUUUUUUUUGUCAUGGUUUCCCAGAUGAAUACAUCAAUGUAAAGCUACUUGACCAGACAGCAGUGGUUUUCUUGAAUCAUGAGUAAUGGAAGAAAAAAAAAUUGAAAUGUGUCCAAAGGUGAUUAGCAAGUGUUGAAGACCAUUUAGUUCUACUUUUUGUUAUCUGUGAGCAUCUUCAGAUCAGCAACUUGGUACUGCAUACUAAGGUCACUAUGCGCGUUUGAUAGAGGUGUAAUACUAGUAUAUGUAGCAGGAAAUAGCCAACAUUACAUUUGAGUACUUUGUAUUUUGCAUACGUACUAACAGUAUGCACAUCAAUAUCGAACACCUGCAAUUCACUAGAAACCACCAAGUCUUCAUGAGGGUUUCUCGUCAUAUACAUUUUAAUGAACAUAACUUGGUUGUUAGUGACAAGACCAUCCUGUUGUACAGCUUUUGGAAUGGUCUAGUUACUUGCUUGACUUCUAGUCAUGUUUAUGUACAUAAAAUAUGCAAGUUUUGAAAGAUAUUAAUAAAGAGAUGGAAAGAAGUUGGGAUGACUAUUAUAUUACAAUAGUAAAUGCUAUUCCUAGUUUAAAGUGCUGCAAUCUUUGCAGCGCUGAGUAUUCUCAAUGUGAUGCAAAUUAAGACAAGCGUUGGACAAGGCAGCAGGGAUGGACAGAGAUAGGUCCUUAUGUCAUGUAUACAUGGGGGGACAAAGUCCUUCAUGGUUCCUCCUUAAUGCAAGAAGUUUCCCUGGUGGUAAACUGUACAACCAGUGAUGGAUAUAAUAUGUACUCAUGCAUCCAGCUGGAUAGUUUUAAUCAACCUUCAGCUGCUUGUAGUAUUAGCCCUGUUCUAGGAUUGUCUUUGUCAAGAUGCCAUCAACAUUGCAGAAGCCCAGAAUAACCUACUUUAUAUCUUUUUUGACCACAUAUACUAGUAAUUUUCAAUAACAAGUUGUUUUUUUACAACUUAAAUUUUUAGUUGAACCCUGCACAUAGUUAACUUUGAAGUACAUUUUUAAUGUGCACAGAACUGUGAUGGGAAGAACAGACAGUUAUUAUGUUGGAACUAAAUAGUAGAUCUACUAUACAAAAAGAUUGUGGCUAACGGUAAGCUACAUGUAUAUUUGCCCUUGGUCCUCAAAUCUAAUAGGAAAAACAACAUUACACAAAAAUAAAACAUACUUGGCCAUAAAAGAAAAUUAACAAGCCAUGUCCUGAAGAAGCAUGUACCACAUUGGGAAAAACAUUAAAAUUGGCCUAUAUAAUAGAGACCCUACUAUAAUUGCACAUUUAUUUCUGAACAUACUCCCAAUGGUAUGCAACGUAUAACAGUAGAAUCUCAUCUGAUAUUGGGCUUUUACCUCUUCCCAAGAAAUACUUGUUAGUAUGUGUAUAAUGCAUCUAAUACAUCAACAAUGUAGACUAUUUAAAGCAACACUGGAAUAUUUACAGCAUUUGACCUAUAAUUAUCCUAAGUAGUUGUUCAUGUUUACCCUGGAAGAAUAUACAUCAACAGAUUGUCCCGUUUUCAUAUUUGGCAUAUUCAAUAAAAUGAUAAUUUAUUUUUUUUUAACCUAACAAAAACUGCACACCAAUAAAAUGCUAGGCGCCAAUUUCCUAUACAAUACAAUGUGUACAUCACAAUGAUGUUAGCAACACUUUCUUUUCCAACAAUGUUCCAGUUUUUU